UAAAAAUAUUCUCAUCCGAGCCGUGCCAGUAGAAAGGGGUUUAUUUUGAAUCAUUCAGCAUAGAAGAUGCUUUCUGCGGUUGCGGUGACGUUGUUCUCGACGCUGAUAGUGGCCGCCAGUGGUUGCGGCAAUUUCGAUCAUCAUCAGUGGCCGAAUCGCAGCGGCAUAGUGCACUUGUUCGAGUGGAAAUGGGACGACAUAGCGGCGGAAUGCGAGCGAUUCUUGGCACCCAAGGGGUACGCCGGAGUUCAGGUUUCACCACCGACGGAGAAUUCGAUUGUGACGCAACCGAUGCGACCAUGGUAUGAACGGUAUCAACCGAUUUCCUACCGGCUGGCAACGCGAUCUGGAGAUGAGCAGCAGUUUGCAGCCAUGGUGCGCCGAUGCAAUGCCGUUGGGGUCAGGAUUUACGUGGAUUUAGUGAUCAAUCACAUGGCCGGGACAACGGCAAAUGGUGGCACGGGAGGAUCGGAAGGUAAUUCCGGGACGAUGCAGUUUCCGGCUGUGCCCUACGCCACAAAUGAUUUUCACAAACCAUGCGCCAUCAACGAUUACAACAACGCUUGGGAAGUGCGCAAUUGUCAGUUGGUUGGGUUGCCAGAUUUAGAUCACAGCCUUGAAUGGGUACGUGGUAGGAUUGUUGAUCUAAUGAAUAAGCUCGUUGAUUCCGGAGUAGCCGGCUUCCGAGUGGAUGCUGUAAAACACAUGUGGCCACAGGACCUGAAAGUGAUUUACAGUAGGGUUAAAAACCUAAACAGAUCCCAUGGGUUCAGGGCCGGUGCUAGGCCAUUCAUUACUCAGGAGGUGAUCGAUUUGGGUGGGGAAGCUGUUUCGAAAAAUGAAUACACAGAGCUGGGGACGGUGACGGAAUUUAGAUUUUCCGCUGAAAUCGGUAAAGCCUUCCGUGGAAGGAAUCAACUGAAGUGGCUGCGUAACUGGGGUCCCGAGUGGGGCUUCCUUCCGUCUAGUUUGGCUCUUGUGUUUGUUGACAAUCACGACAACCAACGGGGUCACGGGGCAGGUGGCGCUGAUAUUCUCACGUACAAAGAUCCCAAAUCCUACAAGAUGGCAAUCGCAUUUAUGCUUGCCCAUCCGUACGGAAUCCCACGCGUAAUGAGCUCUUUCGCAUUUGAAAACUCCGACCAAGGGCCACCGCAAGAUGCCAAUGGGAACCUUAUUUCACCAUCGAUCAACCCGGAUGACACAUGCGGUAAUGGAUGGGUUUGCGAGCAUCGAUGGCGUGAGAUCUACGGCAUGGUCGGGUUUCGAAACGCCAUAUCUUCAUCGUCACCGCUGGCCAAUUGGUGGGACAAUGGCAAUCAGCAGAUUGCGUUCUGUCGCGGGACAAAGGGUUUCAUUGCAUUCAAUUUAGAAGACGCAGUUGACCUAGAUCAGGAGCUAAACACAUGUCUGCCGCAGGGGACCUACUGUGAUGUGAUCUCGGGUGGGAAGAUCAAUGGCCAGUCUGGAUGCACCGGAAAGAGCAUUACCGUUCGUUCGGGAGGUCUCGCGAGGAUUCAAAUCCCAGCCGGCGCUCAAGACGGCGUGUUGGCGAUCCAUAUCGGCGCUAAGCUGUGAUUAUCGAGAAAUCAGACGAAACUGGAGAAGCUGUAUUGUCAAUACUUGGUCAGUCAAUCAUAUUAUUUUAGUUUGUAAAAGAUCAAGAUAAAACGGUGUGAAAAAUAAAGCAAAAUACAUAAGUGAAAAGUAUAAAACUUUUCUCCUAA